GGCUCUUAUUUCCUACUGGAAACUCCUCAGAACAAGAAAUAAGACGACGUUACACGUAUCCCAAGUUUCGAAAGAAAUGUUUAAAAGUAGAAAUUUUCAUAGAUAUGUUGAAGCGAUGAUCACUCGCUGGGAGAAGCUGGCUGUGGACCGCCUCCUGUGGAGUUCAGGACCCCUCCACGUCCUGCACUACGAGCUGCUCCUCAACAAUACCCAACUCCACCUUCGUCGCCUCCUCCACUUCCUCGGGGUGCCUCUGGACGAAAGGAGACUGGCCUGCGUGUCCUCUCACCUUGAGGGAUCCUUCAAGCGGAAGAACAACCUGGACUUCGAUCCUUUUACCAAGGGGGAGAAGGAGAAGAUGUCCCUAGCUAUGGGCAGGGUGCACCGCCUGCUGCUGCUUGCAGGCUACCAGGGUCUGCCCAACUACCCCCAAUUGUUUCAACUAACCAAAGGCAAGUCCCUCGGCGCCUAUGAGUGAUGUCAUGUCUCGAGUUUCCUGACUUCACAACAUGAAAAUCUCAAGCAAUAACAUGUGUAGAGUUUCGUAUCCACAUUAUCCAACAUAUGUUGUGACAACACCACAGGACAACCAGUUGGCACUUUGCUUCCUAUUUGGAAUUAUUUUGUUUUAACAGAUCUUAAUUUUGUUAAACUCUACGUGUACCUAAUGUUCGAUUGAUGAUGGGUGAUUGUACUAGGUAAAAAAAGUUAUCAUAUUCAUCUGAUUGUAAAUAUUUUAAUUAAUAAAUAAAAUUUAGAGA